GCAUUAAAAAAUCUGAACAAAUCGUGACAUAAGAGGGGCCCUAUAAGGAGUCAAGGGCCCCAGCAGUGUCAACUGGCUCAGGGGGAUGAGGGGUUGUUCUUACGUUACCACGCCCACUUUAAGGCCACGCCUUUCUCCUUUUACAGUAAUGGUUUGCAACCUGUGGCUCUCCAGCGGCUGUGAAUUUACUUCACAUCCAUGUUGGGAGUUGUAGUUUUGCAGCCACAGAUUGCAGACCACUGGUGUCCAAAAAACCCUUCCAGAGCCGCAGGAUGUCCGUCAUUACACCAGUCCUGUCCUGGAGCUCCCGGCCUCACACUCGGCCCAGCCGCCAUCUUCCCGGAGACCGCUAGAAGCAGACAGCGCGGCCUCUAGUGCUGAGGCCCGCGGAACCUGGAAGUGUUUGUGUCCGGACUGUUGGGCUGUGACACUCUUUCUGUUUACACAGCUGAGGGAGCCCCGGACGCCGGCGCCUGCAUGGACAAGUUCACGGCAUCCGGUAUGACCACCAUUCCAGACUGAUCAUAGACGAGGGAUGGCUAAGGUGUCCGCCCAGGGCGGGGUAGACGAUGAGACCCCCGGAGCAGAUACAGUGGAUGAAUUCACCGCCCCCGGAAAACAGUGGAGCUUACUGGAGCAAAGCCGCCAUCGGGUGCAGGCGCUAUUCCCGGUGACGUUCACGGUCCUGGGGUACCUGGAGAACUUCAGCUGUGAGGACAGAGAAGAUGGGAAGACGCCGGAACGCAUCUGGCUGCAACUUAAAGGCAAGAAGCAAGACGUGCUAAAAGCUAAGGAGUACGUCAAAGGCCUCUGUGAACCUGAGAUGGAGAUAACGGACACCUACCCCAAGGAGAUGCAUUGCAUAUUUGCCGGCGCUCAGAGUUUAUUCCUCAACCGUCUCAUUACGGACACUUGUGCUCACGUCGCCAUGGUGGAAAUUGGCGUCCUAUGUAUUAAAGGGGGAACAGAACCCGUUGUCUUGGCCCAGAGUCACAUCCAACAGUUUGUUAGACUUUUUAGAAACAAUGAAAGUUCACCCCAAGGCCGAGAACCGGAAGUAAAGCGGAGUUUUAAAGAUUUUGUGGAACGCAAUGCAGAUAAGUACACAAUGGACUUACUAUUACUGCCCAGCGCGCUAAAGGAGGAGCUGCUGAACCUGACGUUGGAGGAACAGUGUUCUUCAGUUGCUAGUGAUGCAGAUCUCGAAGUCGCCAUAGUAAAUACCAAUGCAAAAGCCCAGUCCCAUAUUAGUCAGUGCACUGACCAGUCAAGAAGAAACACGUGUACCCCCGUGACGGAGCUGACCAACCAGCUGGACUCUGUGUUUUACGGUGCACCAGAAACGCAACCAAACCCGGCCUCCAUGUCUGGGACAAAGAGACGUGGCUCAGAGAAUGAAGAAAGACGUCUGAAGAAGCCCUUCUCCUUAGAAGGCAUCCAGUUGGACGGUCCCAUCUCCAGAACUCGCGCUAAGUCUGAUGUCCCCUUUAUUGAUUUGGUAUCUGAUUCCAGCGAAGACUCGUUGAUCGUUGUGGAGAACGACUACAGCGUAAGCGCCGAAACGGAAUACAAGAUCCUUGUAAACUUUUUCAUAAGCAUGGGCUAUUUCAAGGAAGUGGUUGAAAAGGUUAUCUGUGACUUGGGGCAGUUUGAGGAACCUUUAAAGCUUCUUGAACAAAUAGAAAAAGAAUGUAAUAAGGUGCCGAUGGCGAAGAGCCAGAUGGAGAUUAAUGCCCGCAGUCAGCAAAAAGAGGCCAAAAAGGAAUCGCAGCCGCAGCAGGAGGUGAUUGUAGAUCCCGUCAGGACAUAUGCGUGCAGUAAUGGAGUCUCUAGGAACAGCCCCAUAGGUACCGAAGGAUCUGCAACUAAGAAACCAGACAUGGAAGUGACUUUACCAAAAAAUAUAAGCUUUGUUGCAAGAGGCGCUUCUAGUCCUCCAAGGAAUAGACCUGCCUUGGCCCUAGAAGGACCCGGACCAUCCAACCUGCCUCCAGUCAAAGUUACGAAUCGGAUCCCUGUCAAAUCCUCCAGUCCUACUUAUCCACCAGUACGUGUACAGAAUGACAAGUCUGACAACCUGAAGCCAUCUGUAACUGGAGUUCAAAUAUUCCUCAAUUCAAUUAAAACGCCUUAUAAACUAGAGUUAAAGAAUGAGCCCGGGAAAGCGGAUCUCAGACACAUCAUUAUCGAUGGAAGCAAUGUGGCUAUGAGACACGGAUUACAGAGGUUCUUCUCCUGCCGAGGAAUUGCAAUAUCGGUGGAAUAUUUCUGGAAGAGAGGACACCGGAAUAUCACAGUAUUUGUUCCUCAAUGGAGAACGAAGCGAGAUCCCAACAUCACAGAGCAGUACUUCCUUCAGCAGCUGGAAGAACUGGGAAUCUUAUCCUUCACCCCUUCCAGGACGGUGUUAGGCUCUCGAAUUGCAGCACACGAUGACAGAUUCCUUCUGCACUUGUCGGAGAAGACUGGAGGAGUCAUAGUCACCAACGACAACCUGCGGGAGUUUGUGGUAGAAUCUCCUGUGUGGACCCAGAUUAUCAAAGAAAGGUUAUUGCAAUAUACUUUUGUCGGUGACAUCUUCAUGAUCCCCGAUGAUCCACUGGGACGACACGGCCCAAAGCUGGAUGAUUUUCUCCAACAGCAGCCUGAGCGCAGACCUCACCCUCCCACCCCUCGUCCAUCGGACAGCGGAGUGUUUUUCCCCAGCCAUGACACCUCAGUUUCCGGGAUGUUCCCAACUGUCACCAAUCACACACCACAUCCCACAACUUUCCUAAACAAAACCCCUGUAUCCCGUCCAGCCUUCCAGAACCAGCUGCGCCCAGCGGCCGUCGCCCCCCAUCAGAGGACUUAUCAUGAGACCUUAUCACUACAAGUUGACCUCUUACGAAUAUUUCCUGAAUCCCAACAGAGGGAGAAAAUCAACCAGGUCCUGUCUGAGCAUCCUUACAUGCGGGACCUCAAUGCCUUGUCAGCAAUGAUCCUGGACUGAGCACCUUCAGGUCACGCUCCUCUUCGCUCUUUCGCCAAGCUGUUUUAUUUAACCCCCUUUGUUGUCAUUUGUGCGUCAGAUCUGCCAAUGGUGGAAUCAUAUUUUUUUCUUGUACUAAUGUUCAUCUGAAGAAAUGGAUAGGAUGUUCAGCUGCCGCGAGAGCUGUACAUAUUAACAGGAGCAUGAACAAAAAGCUAUAGAAAGUAGAUAUAUAUUUAUAUAUAUAUAUAUAUAUAUCUCAGGUCUGACCCGUUAUUGAGCAGGGAGGCUGGAAAAGAAUACAAUCCUAGAAAAACUUUUGCUUAAAAAGAUAAAACCAGUGGGGUACUGGUGUAGCCACUAUACAGCAACCCUGAACUGGGAAUGUGGGGUUACACUGACUGAAUUGGGAAUAUCUGCUCAUCAGAUUGCUUCCUCCCAGUUCAGGCUGCUGGAAAGGACUGGCAGCGAUGCAGAGAGCGAUGUGUUAAAGGGAACCUGUCACCAGUUACCUGUGUGCACAGACGCAUGGCUUUGGUUCAACUGUUCCCAAGUUAUGCAGCUUUUUCCUAAUAUGCAGAUUAGGCCUUUGGUGCAACGAGGGCAUCACCGUUGCUCUUAUUUCACCCAAGCUCAGCUCAUUUCUGUGGCCAGCCCCUCCCUCACAGCAAAAGCAAAGGCUGGCCACAGAAAAGAGCGGAGCUUGGGUGAAAUGAGAGCAACGGUGACACCCUCAUUGCACCAAAGGCUUAAUUUGCUUAGUAGAGAAAACGUAUCGUAACUCUGGAACGGAGCCUCGGAUCAACAAAGGAAAACCAGCUACGUGUCUACGCAAACAGUUGGAUGGGAAGGUUGCUGGUGACAGAUUCCCUUUAAGCAGGCUUCCCUCCCAAUGCUAUGAGUAAAUCAUCAGAUGAAUUCGGUAUGCAGCCCCCCUGCACAGUGCGUAGUCAGAGGACUUCGCACCCACUGAUUUAGCCUUCAUUUUUCUGACUUGUAGCUGCGACUUUCCUUGACACUAAGCUGAUGAUAGGAAGGUGGUCUUGCUGCUGCGGCACCCAUUGCUAGGAGGGGAGGGCAGUAAACAUUCAAUUCCGAUGGAGGAGAGGGGGGUCCUGUUUACGGGCUCCCCCAACAUGUCGUAUGGAAAGGGCUGUCUAAAGUUAGUAGUUGCCAGUUGCACAACAGUUUUGCGUUAGGUUUUAUUGAAGAAAUGUUGAUCCAGAAUCCCCCCAAAAUGUACCCCCCAAAUCAGAGGGUUCUUUAUGUACAGAUUUAGUUGUCAUUUGAGUUCAGGCUUAGCACAAGGCUGGAGUUUUGGUCGUCUGCUAGGAUGUGAAUAUGUGGACGCACUGCGGCCAUAGAAAUACGUAAUGGGGGAGAGCGGAAGAUGUGCAGUUAUGAGAAAAGGAUUGCAUCAGCGCAUUAUGUAGUUUUUUUCAUGCACAGGACCGUAUUUUUGGCAGAUGGCACCCUGACCUCCAUAUUUUUUUUUUGCAUCUUUGUGGCCAUUCCGCAAAUAGUACACCUCCUUUUAUUUUGUCUGUCGCCCUUUUUAUUGGUAGGAGCAAGAGAAAUGCAGAAUGCGCAUGGAAGAUAUCUGUAUUUUGCAGAGUCCCGGUCGGCGGUGGGCACGAAGCAUUAGUCAGAGCUUGAGUUCAUCACUCUGAGGGCAUAUAAAAGGACAAUACCUGACAUAGAAUGUAUUAAAGGGAAGGUGUCAUUGUGUUUUACCCCCAUAAACUGCUGCAAUGGCCUGAUGGGUGGAACGAUGCUGAUUCUGAGGGUGUGAUUUUGUAGUUUUCUCCUGAAGUCGGCCUGCGUAGGGUCUGUGUGCGCUCAAGCACUAGAAGUCCUCUCCAUAGUAUCACCGGCUUAGUAGUCCCAGAUAUAUCUUAGCACAGGCAUGCUCAACCUGCGGCCCUCCAGCUGUUGCAAAACUACAACUCCCAUCAUGCCCGAACAGCCUACAGCAGGGCAUUGUGGGAGUUGUUGUUUUACAACCGCUGGAGGGCCGCAGGUUGAGCAUGCCUGUCUUAGCAGAUGGCACAUUGACCUGUUGCGGGGAAAUGCAACAAAUGGCAUAAUCAGAAUUGGCGUCUUUUUAACUGUCCGACUGUUUGGGGGGUAAAAUGUUGUGAUCCCCUUACAUGAGGUGCUGAAAUACAGUGGUCCCUCAGGCUACAAUAUUAAUUGGUUCCAGGACGACCAUUGUACAUUGAAACCAUUGUAACUUGCGUGAUCGGUUCCAAAGCCCCAAAAUGUUAUCUGAGAUAAGAGAAAAUGAAGAUGUA